AUGUCAAAACAAUUACCAAGAACCAUUUCAGCAUGGCAAUUAAUGAAUUUUCUUCGACCUGGUUCAUCAUCAUCGUCAACAACAACAACACCAACCCCAGACAUCACGUCAGAGUUACAUUUAACCAAAACUAGACGGAUGCCGAGUAUCAUACGUCCAGAUCAAAUUCUUAUUAAAGUGAAAGCAGCAUCAUUAAAUCCUGUCGAUUCGCUACUCAUCUAUGGUUAUGGUUCAUCAAGUUUCAAUCUCCUACGACGUUUCACAUCACCUUGUGGAUGUUUCGGCGUACCAAAUAUCGAAAAUACUAUGACAUCUGAAAAUAACUCCGGUUUUCCUUUUACACCUGGUCGUGAUUUCGCUGGUGAAAUAGUUGACAUAGGUCCUGAGGUCAAAUCAUCAAACCGCACAAAUAAUAUCAAAAUUAGCAUUGGUACAAAUGUAGCCGGUGCUACAUGGCCUUUUUUAAGUUCUACUGGGUCUGGUGCUUUAGCUGAAUAUAUUAUCUGUCCAGCUGAAUAUGUUGCUCCUCUACCCAAGAAUGUAUCUUAUCUGCAUGCAGCUGCAUUAGGCUAUGCAGGACUGACUGCAUGGUCAGCUUUAGUCGAUACUGGUGGAAUACGACCUGUUCGGCAAAGAAUGUCUCAAACAACACGAACACCAUCACAAUUAUUAUCAAAUAAUUUAAUUUUAAUCACUGGUGCAACUGGUGGCGUGGGAUUUAUUGCAGCUCAAUUAGCUAAAUUAUGGGGUUGGCGAGUGCAUGUGACUUGUCCAGGUGAUGAUAAAGCUUUGGCCUUGAUGAAGUCUUUAGAAGUUGAAGAAGUAUUUCCUUAUCCAACCAAAAUUCCUAACACAUUAAAAUAUGAUUUAAUUCUUGAUUGUAUUCGACCAGAGUACAUCAAUACAGCAACACCAUUCUCCCCCUCGUCUUCUUCGCCUUCGUCCUCCGCGUCGUCCACCUCAUCUUCAUCAUCGACCAAUAAACAAUCCUCCAAUACUUUACUCAAUAAUAUUCUCCCUUAUAUACCACCUACUCUAUCCUACCUAAAUACAUCUUCAAAUCAAUCACGUUAUAUAAUGCUUAAUCCAUCCUUAUUACACUUAACUGAUUAUUGGGGACCAUUUCUUGGCACAGGAUUAGCAUUUACCCAGUUGAUAAGUACAAAGCUAGCGGCGACAUUCUCUGUCAAAGCCGGUGAUAGUAUUACUUCACUGAAUAAUUGUAAUAUAAUACGUUGGGCAUUUUUUAAACCAAAUCGUAAAGCUUUACAAGCCAUGCUAACACUGUUAUCUAACGGAGAAUUAAUUAUCCCAAUAGAUACAGUGUAUAAUUUCAUGGAUGUACCAAAAGCAUUCAAUCGAUUGUAUGCAAAAGGUGUACGCGGGAAACUUGUCAUUGAAAUGAACAAAUAA